UUCAUUAUUGAAGUUUCCCAGUUAGUUCAAGUUAAUUGCAAGAGAAGUUUUUCGAAACUAGGGUAAAUUCCUACUUUACUCCCCUUCUCCCAUAUGUAAGAGAUAUUCAGUGUAUUGUGCUUUUUGACUUUUUCUUUCCAAUAUCUUGCAUUUUCAUGUAAAAUUUAGUUUAGCUUCAAACUAUUGGUUUUUCCCCAUAUGAUGGUAGAGGUCUCAAUUUUUCUCCGAAAUCAUGCUCAGCAAUUUUGCUUUUUUUUUUUUUUUUGAAUGGGUCCCACAAUUUUCUUGCAACUCUUGUCUAUCAUGGUUGGUCUCUCUGGUGGGCUUUGGUUCAAAGUUCUUGACUGGCCAAGAAGAAAUAGAAUCUGUGGAGAGGCUUGUCCUUGAGCGUCUUCCACAAUUGUCCGGAAGCAAAGAAAAGCUUUUGACCUUUCCAAUAUUUUCGUCUCUCCCUUCAGAGAAACAAAUGAAAGUUUUCCAGCCUGCCCCAGUUGGGUUCCGAAAGGAACUGUCCAGUUUCCGUUGUUUAAGAACAUUCUCAUGGCACAAAUACUAUACAGGAAAAAAAAAGUUCCUUGAUUUUGUCAGGAAGUGUUGAGUGUUGUUGUCCACCUACAGUUGUGAUAUUU